CCUGCAGGACAUUUAGCUGUGGGAGUCAGGUGAUCCGAGGCCAUCUGGUGGACACAUGAUGAUAAAUACUCAAACAAACCUUCCAGUGAAGACUAGACUUUGAUUGCAAAUGUGCAGGAGGUUUAAAAACUGGUCCGAAAUUCAGAGUGUGUCCAAACAUCGCCAUCUUGAGGCCGUCCGGUUCGUUGUGCACAUUCCUCCCUCCUCAGCCUCCACAGCUGUUUACAGAUCCGAAGAGGAAAUGAGUUCUACACGUUUCCUCCAUAUAUAAAGUUGCAGCAGCGGUUUUAUGAAUCAGAUUUACUGCGCCUGAGCUUCGACCUCUCGGGAGUUAAUAAUCUGCACACAGCAGCACAAUCGGUGUCGUCGGACUUCACAGACUGCGUUCACGGACCAGCAUCGACACGUUUGGACGUUCGUCUCCCGAGAAAUUUUUUCACUUUUUUCUGCAGCGACCGACGAGUUGAAGAUGAACCCGAGCAGCAAAUCCCGCAGCGGGAAGACCUUCCUGUUCACUUCCGAGUCCGUGGGAGAGGGACACUCCGAUAAAAUGUGUGAUCAGAUCAGUGACGCCGUACUUGAUGCCUACUUGAGUCAGGACCCGGACUCCAAAGUGGCCUGUGAAUGUGUGGCAAAGACAGGCAUGAUUUUACUGGUGGGAGAAGUGACGUCUAAAGCCAUAGUGGAUCUCCAGGCGGUGGUACGAAAUACUGUGAAGAAGAUUGGCUACGACGACUCUUCAAAAGGUUUUGAUUACAAGACGUGCAACGUGCUGGUCGCGCUGGAGCCGCAGUGCGAGGAGAUAUCGGACUGUGUGUUUGAAGGCAGGGACCAGGAGGACAUCGGUGCAGGAGACCAGGGUUUUAUGUUUGGCUACGCUACAGAUGAGACUGAGGAGUGUAUGCCCUUAACCAUCCUCCUGGCCCAUAAACUCAACUACAAGAUGAAGGAGUUGUCACGAAACGGAGAGUGUCCUUGGAUUCUACCGGACUCCAAAUCUCAGGUCACUGUGGAGUAUCAAGACAACAUGGGAGCCAUGGAGCCGCUGCGUGUCCACACUGUGGUCAUCUCGGUACAACACAGCCCGAACAUCACGCUGGAGGAGAUCCGACGCCACCUGAUGGAGAAGGUGGUGAAGGUCGUCAUUCCUGCCAAGUACCUGGACGAUAAAACCAUCUACCACCUGCUGCCGAGCGGGAAAUUCCUCGUAGGAGGCCCGCAGGGCGACGCAGGACUCACAGGACGUAAAAUCAUAGUGGACACCUAUGGAGGAUGGGGGGGACACGGAGGAGGGGCCUUCUCUGGAAAGGAUUACUCCAAAGUGGAUCGGUCGGGGGCGUAUGCAGCGCGUUGGGUCGCCAAGUCUCUGGUCAAAGCUGGACUGUGUAGGAGAGCUCUAGUCCAGAUCUCUUAUGCUAUAGGCGUGAGCCAUCCACUCUCCAUCACAGUGUUUGACUACGGGACAUCGAACAGGGACGAAGACGAGCUUCUCCAGAUCGUCCAGAAGAAUUUUGACCUGAGGCCUGGAGUUAUUGUGAAAGAGCUGGGGCUGAAGAGGCCGAUCUACCAGGACACCGCCUGCUAUGGUCACUUCGGCAGGAAGGAGUUCCCCUGGGAAAAACCGAAGCCUCUGGUGUUUUGAGUCGGACGUGAAGAAGGAUGUAAAUUCCUUCGUUCUUCCUUCAUUUUUUGAGAUUUUUUAAAUUAAAAAAAAAAAAAAAAAAGAAGAAAAAGACAAAUCAAAUCUUGGAAAAUGAAGUAAAACUGUGAAAUAAUCAGAAUCAUGUUUUUUAUACCAUUAAAAGGCUGCAAUAAAAACUAAA